UUUGUCAUGAAGGAACACAGUGUAUCUCUGUUUCCGUUUACAAUAUCAGUUCUUUUUUUCGUUUGCCACGGCCAGGCUGUGAGGCAGUAUGACGUUUUAUUGAAGGAAAUUCUUCGAUGUAGGGAAAGUGGAACUGAUGAGGUCAGAUUUACCAGUACGAAACUUACUAAAGUAAGUAGGCAUACGUUCAGCUACUUAUCCAACCUCACCCUGGCCAUUACUUUAGACGACAAUAUAUCGGCAGUAUCUGAUGUAGAAGCUUGGGGAAAUGGCGGAUGGAGGCCAUCUUACUUCACGCAGGAUACACCUCAUUUUUGCAGUGGCUGCAAGAAGCUGAAUCCAAAAUGGUUUCACGAGCUCAUCAAGAACACUGGCCAUGAUGACUGCCCUAUUCCUCCGGGAAUUUAUGAAAUAAACGCUUACAACAUAUCGUUUAUUGAAUUCACUUUUCCCUUGGCGGCUUCUGGUAAGUUCAGGAUGAUAAACUCGAUCUUCAAACAGGAUGUCUUGGUCGGAUGCAUCGGCAUGGUCCUUGAUGUUAGCCCUAAAAGGAGCCAUUCGAAGAAGAGGCAUGACCUUGAAUGAAUAAAUAAUUUCAUACUUGUGAAUAUAUUAUAAAUUACUUGCCCGGUGAGAAUAAUUAGCAUAUUAUAUUGGUCAGUGAAAAAUUGGCAAUGUAACAUGGAAAUAAAUAAAUGUAAU